AUGGCUGAGGCAAUGCGAGCAACCGUGGCUUCUCUGUUAAAAGGAAUAGAUAGGUAUAAUCCGGAGAAUUUGCCGACCUUGGAGAGAUAUGUGGACAUGCAAGCUAAAGACAACACAUACGAUCUGGAGGCAAACUUAGCUGUUCUAAAAUUGUAUCAGUUUAACCCCAGUUUGUAUCAGACGGGAGUGACGGCAAUGAUCCUUCUCAAAGCUCUGACUAACCUGCCUCAUUCUGACUUCAUUCUGUGCAAGUGUCUCAUUGAAACCCACAGAUUGACAGAGGAACUUGUGUCGAAGGUGCUGCGACUGGCACAUUUUCUGGAGACAGCAAACUUUCAGCAGUUUUGGGUGUCAUUGAUGGAUGACCCCGACCUUCUCAUUGGUAUUAUUGGCUUUGAGGACUCCAUAAGGAAAUUUGCUGGGAAAUAUUUCUGUCUGUAUAUAGCGUCCACACCUACCUCUAAAUGUUCCGCGAAGGACAAACUUCGACAGUUGCUGGGAAAUAUUUCUGAUACCCAAACCAGCCAGUGGAUCAGCAAGUAUGGCUGGACGGAACAGCUGGAUGGCUACGUGUUCAUCACAAGCCAGGAUGAGAACAUCAAAACCAAGAACAUCACAGAGAAAAUCUCAUUUGAUAGUGUUGCUGCUAUCAUGGCAGCAGGGCGAUGA